UAGCUAACUUAGGUUGAAUGUCUCUCCCCCAUGUUCAGUUCCUAUGGCCAGAGUUCGAACACAACCACAUUCGUCGGUGAAACGGUGUUUGCUAUAGCGUUGGCCAUCAUGGGUCUGGUUCUGUUUGCUCAUUUGAUUGGGAACAUGCAGACAUACUUGCAAUCCAUCACAGCAAGACUUGAAGAAUGGAGACUCAAGAGAAGGGAUACUGAAGAGUGGAUGAACCAUCGCCAACUGCCUCGAAACCUACAAGAGAGAGUGAGGCGAUAUGUUCAGUACAAGUGGCUAGCAACUCGUGGCGUCGAUGAAGAAGCAAUCCUGCAACAACUGCCAUCUGAUAUCCGACGAGACAUUCAACGCCACCUCUGUUUGGACCUUGUUCGUCGGGUUCCUUUCUUUUCACAAAUGGAUGAUCAACUCCUAGACGCCAUCUGCGAGCGCUUGGUCUCCUCGUUGAUCACUCAUGGGACCUACAUUGUUCGUGAAGGCGAUCCUGUGACCGAGAUGUUGUUCAUAAUCAGGGGGAGGCUGGAAAGCUCCACAACGGAUGGCGGGAGGUCAGGUUUCUUCAACACAAUUUCUCUCAGACCGGGGGACUUCUGUGGCGAGGAGUUGCUCGCUUGGGCAUUGAAUCCGAACUCCAACGACAACUUGCCUUCUUCCACAAGGACCGUGAAGGCAUUGGAAGAAGUAGAAGCAUUUGCAUUACGCUCCGAAGAUCUCAGGUUCGUCGCAAACCAGUUCAGACGACUCCACAGCAAGAAGCUGCAGCACACAUUCCGGUUCCAUUCGCACCAUUGGAGGACAUGGGCUGCUUGCUUCAUUCAAACGGCUUGGCGUCGGUUCAAGAUCAGGAGGAUGGCACACACCCUGAGCAUGUCCGAGUCUUUAAUGUCUUCCUUCGCUCUUGUAGACGAGGAGGAAACUGCAACUGCAUCGCCCAAACAGAACUUAGUCGUCCAGAGGCUGGCCGAGCGGUUUGCUGCAAACACCAGAAGAGGGAAUCGGAAAAUAAAGGAUGUUAAAAUGCCGAAGUUGAUGAAGCCCGACGAGCCAGAUUUCUCUAUAGAGGCAAAGAAUAACCAUGCCGGCGAGCUUUGGAAGAACAGGAUUGUUGAUCCAGGAAGUGACAUCUCCCUGCAAUGGAACAAGGUUUUCCUCAUCUCGUGCCUGGUCGCUCUCUUCGUCGAUCCAUUGUUUUUCUACCUUCCGACCAUAGUCCAAGCUGAAGGUUCAACAUGUAUGGCGAUCGACUUGAAGCUGGGAAUCACAGUGACAUGUUUCAGAACUAUUGCAGAUGUGUUCUAUUUGAUGCAUAUAGUUUUCAAGUUCAGGACGGCUUAUGUGGCUCCAAGUUCGAGAGUUUUUGGCAGAGGGGAACUGGUAGUGGAUCCCGAGUUGAUUGCCAGGCGAUAUUUAAGAACCGAUUUCUUUGUUGAUUUUAUUGCAGCAUUGCCUCUCCCUCAGAUUAUGAUAUGGUUUAUAAUUCCAUUGAUCAAGACGGCGCAGUCUGAUUACACCAACAAUGCCCUUGUACUUGUUGUUCUGCUGCAGUACAUUCCCAGAUUUUAUCUGAUAUUCCCAUUGAGUUCAGAGAUAGCUAAAGCAAAUGGGGUAGUGACGAAAACUGCCUGGGCUGGUGCUGCUUACAACCUCGUGUUAUACAUGCUGGCCAGUCAUGUGACGGGUUCUGCUUGGUAUCUGUGUUCGAUCGAGCGCUAUGCAACAUGCUGGAAAUAUCUGUGCGAACAAGACAUUGAAACUCAAACACGAUGCCAGUCUUCUUACUUGGUUUGUAACAAUCUAGAAAAGCCUGACAGAAAAGCAUGGGCAGGGACUACCAGAGUGUUCAGCAAGUGUGAUCCUAACAACGCUUCCGACCCAAACGUAUUUGAUUAUGGAAUGUUCUCAAACGCCUUAUCAAAGCAGGUUGCUUCUGCUACCUUCACCGAGAAGUACUUGUAUUGCCUCUGGUGGGGGCUGCAGAACUUGAGUUCCUAUGCACAGAGCACAAACACAACCACAUUCGUCGGAGAAACUUUGUUUGCCAUCGUAUUGGCCGUCAUGGGUCUGGUUCUUUUUGCUCAUUUGAUUGGAAACAUGCAGGUAAUGAGCACGUACUUGCAAUCCCUCACUGCUAGACUUGAAGAAUGGCGCCUCAAGAGAAGGGACACCGAAGAGUGGAUGAGCCAUCGCCAACUUCCUCAAAACCUGCGAGGGCGUGUGAGGAGAUAUGUUCAGUACAAAUGGCUAGCAACUCAUGGCGUUGAUGAAGAUGCAAUCUUGCACCAACUACCAGCUGAUCUUCGUCGAGACAUUCAACGACACCUAUGUUUGGACCUUGUUCGUCGUGUUCCUUUCUUCUCACAAAUGGAUGAUCAGCUCCUAGACGCAAUCUGCGAACGCUUGGUCUCGUCAUUGAUCACUCAGGGCACCUACGUUGUCCGCGAAGGCGAUCCAGUAACCGAGAUGCUGUUCAUAAUCCGAGGCAGGCUAGAGAGCUCCACAACAGAUGGUGGGAGGUCAGGUUUCUUCAAUUCAAUCGCUCUCAGACCGGGCGACUUCUGUGGCGAAGAAACCCUUGCUUGGGCAUUAGUCCCCAACUCAAAUGCCAAUUUGCCAUCUUCCACAAGAACAGUCACAGCACUGGAAGAAGUAGAAGCAUUCGCAUUACGCGCAGAAGACCUCAAAUUCGUGGCAAACCAAUUCAGACGACUCCACAGCAAGAAACUACAGCACACAUUCCGGUUCUACUCGCACCAAUGGCGCACAUGGGCUGCAUCGUUCAUUCAAUCCGCUUGGCACCGCUUCAAGAGGCGGAAGAUGGCACACAACCUUAGCAUAUCAGAGUCAUUGUCUAGCUUACCUCUUCUGGAGCACGAUGAAACUGAAACAACAGCUGCAGCAGCAGCAGAAGAAGAAGAAGAAGAGAUUCCUUCAGAGCCAGAACAGAGCGUGGCUGUCAAGAGGCUGGCCCUGCGAUUUGUGGCGAACACCAGAAGAGGGAAUCUUAGGGUGAAGGAUGUUCAAAUGCCUAAGUUGGUUAAGCCUCAAGAGCCAGAUUUCUCCAGAGAGGGAAGAGACGAGGGAGGGAGCUUAUUUUGA